ACACAUUCUGAAAUUAAUAAACUUCUAGACAUACUGGCUGUAAAUUGGGAAUUAUAUAAGUUCAAUAAGACAAAAUUCUAUGCAUCUGCUGCUAUUAAAUUGGGAAGGAAUAAGACAGGAAAACAGGUGAAAGGAAAACUAUUUAACCUUAGAACAAAAUAUACAAAUGAAAAGAAAGAAGUAGCUGGUAAGAUGAGAGAUGAUUAUCUGAAAAGUCGAUUAGAAUUUGAUCGAGAAAAGUUUGAAAAAGAAUUUGAAGAAAAAACAAAGGAAAGAAAAAAUAAAAUGGAUUUAGAACAUGAAAAAUUAAGAAUGGAAAAUAAAAGGAUGACGAAGCAAAUAGAACUGGGUCAUCAAUUACGAAUGGCAGAACUCGAAUUUAAAUAA